GGUAAAACUCAUGGAGACGAGUCUUCCCCGCCGCCACGAGGCCUGGCACGGGUCUGGAGAGAGCUGGCGCCAGAUGAAACCCCUCAGCUCGAGGUCGAGCGGCGACUCGCAAAUUGUGCCGCGCUGCAUCGCUGCCUGCCCAGUACCAUACGCACGCAUUCCUGACUCCUUCGCAGCGCUCGCAGCGACCAAAGACGAAACGCCCGUGCUUUGUUGCUCCCCGCCACCCCUAAGCCAGCUUGACUGCCUGCCGCCAAAUUAGCACGCUGCCUAGCGCCGCGCCGCGCGACGUGCGCCUGCCGUGUCGGCAUCUAUAAAGCCACAAAAAAACAUGGCCGAGUACACCGCCGACGCCGACAAGGCCAAGCGCGACCGCUACCUGUACGUCAUGGCGCUGCUCGUCGGCCAGCGGGGCGAGGCCGACCUGGGGGACAAAAAGGUCGAGGGCGUUUUGCACACUUCCACGCCCUUUGCGGAUUUACCUCAUAAAAUUGUGCUGAAAGGCGCUAGAGUCGUCGACGACACCGACCCGCGCGCGACGGCGCCGUCGUCGACGCAGAUCCUGGAUGCGGACAAGGUCAAACUACUAACAUUCCGCUGCCCGCGCGUCGUCGGCGACCCGAGGAGUUCCGGGUUCCGGACGGACGGCGACAUCGCCCGACCAGAUAGAAACCUCGCGGGACGGAAACUGGAGGCCGUCGACAACAGCUGGCUCUCGGCCCCGAAGAUCAAGAACCAGCCCGCGCGCCAGACGCCGGGCAAGAAGUGGGACCAGUUCGAGGCGAACGCUCGUUUAUUUGGAACGAAAUCAGAAUUCGACGAGAACCACUACACGACGGCGCUCGACGCCUCGGCGCUCACGCCGCAGCAGCGCGCGGACGCCGAGAAGAUCGCGCGGGAGAUCGAGGGCGCGCGGACGGACAACGUCCAUUUGGCCGAGGAGCGCGGCCAGGACAUCGGGGAUACGAGGGACGAGGAGGAUCGGUUCAGCGGCGUCGUGCGCCAGCCCGCUCCUUCAAAGGCGCCGCCGCCGGGCCUCGGGAAAAACGACGGCGCGAAGAAGGCUCCUUCUCCGGUACCGGCGCCCGCGCCCGCGCCGGCGCCUGCGCCGGCCGCGGCCGAGGAGAAGAAAACGACGAAGCUCUCGGCCACGGCGAAGGAGUUCAAAUUCAACGUCGGCGCCACCGAGUUCACGCCCGGCGCCGCCGCGCCGCCGCCGCCGCCGACGGCGCCGCCGCCGAUGAUGCCGACCUUCGUCAUGGGCCCCGACGGCAUGAUGUACCCGGCGCCGCCCAUGUACGACCCGUAUGGAGCUGUGUGGAAACCAACCAGUGCGUCUACGUCGAUGGCAUCGCGUCGAUGGCGUGGAGGACGACGCGACGAUUCAGCACGAACGCGCCGUAAAAUUUGAUUUCCACACAGGUACGGAGCGAUGCCCAUGUACGGCGGGCCCAUGUACCCCGGCGCCUACGUGCCGCCGCCGCGCGGCGGCGUGCCCGGCGGCCCCGGCGCGCCGAUCCCCUACAUGGCGCCGGGCGGCAUGGUCUACGGCGCGCCGCCGCCGCGCGGGCCGCGCGGGCCGCCCCGGGGGCCGCCGAACGGCGGCGGGCGAGGGCGUGGCGGUGGCGACCGGCGGCAAGGCGGCCGCGGGAAGGGGGCGCCGCCACCGGCCACGUCUUAG